AUGUUGGGUGCUAGCAGUACAGGUAGUAUUGGUGAUGUGAAUCCUGAUUUACUGCAGGAAGUUCGUUUAUAUGAGAAUAGCGUAGAACGUGAACGGGUCGAUAAUAUGAGCGAAUUAUAUGCUGUUUUAAAUGCCUUGGAAUGUUUAGAAAAGGUCUUUAGCCGUGAUUGUGUUGCAGCCAAGGAAUAUACUGCGGAAUGCUCGAAGCUUUUGGUGCAAUAUAAGGUAGCACUGCGACUAGUACAAUGUGAUAUCGAUGAAUUCGUAAAGAAGUAUCGUGUGGAAUGCCCAGCAGCGUUGGAAAGAAUCCGUGAAGAUCGGCCAAUUACUGUAAAAGAUGAUAAAGGCAAUACAUUGAAAUGUAUUGCGGAGAUCGUAGAAAUGUUUAUCACUUUCUUGGAUCAGUUGAAGUUGAACGUUCGAGCUGUUGAUGAGCUAUUUCCGACACUGAAUGAACUGAAUGUUUCCAUCAGUUCAAUGAUUACGCUGCCGGAUAAUUUUGAUGCAAAACUGAAAGUGAUACAGUGGCACGAUAAGCUGAAGAAUAUGACCGCAAGUGAGGAAGUAACAGAUGAAGAUGCGCGACAAAUGAUUUUCGAUCUCGAAACCGCUUAUAAUUCUUUCACUCGUUUCUUACAUAACUCCUAA